CAUUGAACUAUACUAAUUGUCAGUGGACCUUGGACCAUACUUCAUAACCGAUCAUGAUGUGGUUUAAAACCACUUUACUUUUGCUAUUUUUUGCGUUAUGGCAACCGACUUCGCAACAUAUUUUCUUCAAUAAAUUUCAGAAGCAAUCACGCAGUCAAGAUGAAUUGGACAGCGCGAAGUACAAAUAUCAAACCAAAACAAUCGAUAUGCCGGUGGAUCAUUUUAGUUUCGCAUUACCAGAUACAUUUAAGUUAAGGUAUCUUGUGAAUGAUACUUGGCAAUCAGGAAAAAAUGCACCUAUUUUUUUUUAUACUGGAAAUGAAGGUAGCAUCGAAACUUUUGCUCAAAAUACGGGAUUUAUGUGGGAGAUAGCUCCAGAAUUUGGAGCAUUAUUAAUUUUUGCUGAACACCGUUAUUAUGGAGAAUCUAUGCCAUAUGGCAAUCAAUCUUUUAAUGGUUCCCGACAUUUGGGAUACCUGACAUCUCAACAAGCUCUUGCAGAUUACGUUGAUCUUAUUCAGUACUUAAGAUCUAAAUUAGAAUAUAAGUACAGUCCUGUUAUAGUUUUCGGUGGUUCAUAUGGUGGUAUGCUUAGUGCAUGGAUACGUAUGAAAUAUCCUCAUAUUGUACAAGGAGCAAUUGCAGCUUCAGCUCCAAUUCUUCUAUUUAAUGGGAUUGCAGAAUGUGAAGCAUUUGGACGAAUAGUUACAUCAGAUUUUAAUAGUGGUCAUCCAAAUUGUCCAAAGUUGAUUCGUAAAUCAUGGGAUGUUAUUAACAAUAUGACAUCAACUGACAAAGGAAAAAUGUGGUUAUCAGAAAAUUGGAAAUUAUGUCAACCAUUAAAAAAUGCCAGUGAUGUUAAAAAACUCAAAUCGUUUUUAGUAGAUAUUUAUACAAAUCUUGCUAUGUUAAACUAUCCAUAUGAAGCUAAUUUCAUAGCACCAUUGCCUGCUUAUCCUGUUAAUGCUGCAUGCAAACACCUAACAAACGAAUCGUUAACAGGAACGGAAUUGAUGACUGCAAUAUAUAAUGCUUUUAAUGUAUUCAUUAAUUACACUAAGGAAACAAAAUGUUUAAAUACAAAUGAUUCUACGCCAGAAUUAGGUGCUCGUGGUUGGUCUUAUCAGGUUUGCACCGAAAUGGUGAUGCCAACUUGUAUGAAUGGUGUAAAUGAUAUGUUUGAGCCUGAUUCAUGGAAUUUUGAUGAAUACACCAAAGACUGUAUGCAACAAUAUUCAAUAAAACCACAGCAAAAUUUAGCAUGUGAAGAGUAUGGAUGUGCUGACUUAUCAACCGCAACAAACAUUGUUUUUAGUAAUGGUUUAUUGGAUCCGUGGACUAGUGGUGGGGUAUUACGAAACUUAUCUUCAUCAGCAGUAGCAAUAAUAAUUCCAGAAGGUGCCCAUCACCUUGACUUAAGGAGCACCAAUGUUAAUGAUCCAUAUAGUGUUAUUUAUGCACGAAAAUAUCAUCGCUAUUUUAUUAAAAUAUGGAUUAAGGAAUAUCGCAAGAAAACGAAAAGGUUCAUUAAUUAAAUAUUUGUUGUUCUGAUGCUGUAAUACGGAAUUGUGAUAAAGUAUGUAUUAAAAUAGAACAAAUAUAUACAUUUUAAUUAUUA